AUGGCCGCCGUCCACAUGAGCCACCCGCCGUUCUUCAGCUCGUCCCACGCGGCGAUUCCGCGCGUGCAGCGCUUGUUGAAGAUCAAGCGCGACUUGAACACGUUUUCGAACAGGCCGCACAGCGGAUUGAACUCCUGGCCUCGAGACGCUCUCUCGCAGUUCGCGUCCCAACUGGGUCUCAGCUCCCACCUGCAGCAAAUUUCCCUCACGUGCUCCACGCUGCAGGGAAGGCGCAACACGCUGACAGCCUCGGGGACGUGCUCGAACCCAUCGGCGUUGUGUUUCCAUGUGCAAAACGCCCGGGUCGUGUCCUCGUUCUUACCGUACGUCUUCAGCUUGCGGUACCCAGCCGAGCUCCAUCGGCUCUCGCCCCGGGGACGCGGUUUCCCUUCCGGCAGGUGUGUUAGGGCGUGCCGAAUGCGCUCCACCAGCCGGCCCCUCGCGCGAGCCAUGAUCUCUUGCAGGUCAUCAGGGACGUUUUCGCGCCACGCAUCCGCAGAUGCGGGCUCAAAACCGUCCCCGUCGGCGGCCAUCCCCGCGCGCAGGUUGUGUUCUACGCGGUUACCGACCGCCUUGAAAUUGCCUCGCUGGCCGUCGGAGAUUCCAGGAGAGAACACUCCAGAACAGGUCGAGCAGAUCUCGAACCGAAAACUCUGUGCGACGUGA